GCAAGGAGUCCAUUGACAUGAUUGAGAGGGCAGUCGAAACGUCUUCUGUCCGGUUUUACAGCUAUAAAUUGUUCCGUCAUUUUGUCUGGAGAUGGCGCUGCAGUAGUCUGAAUUCCAGUGUCUGACAUCCAAGAUGGCGAAAAUUUCAUUUCCGGUUUCUCCAAAAAUGUGAAGUUUUGUUUAUUUUCUGCCAAAUCUCAGCGAUGGAUAGCAUUCCGCGGGUGAUACGAAUUUCAACUGACGAUGGGAAUGAUAUGGAUUGGAACGUGCAGUCUUGUCAGGUGGCGUUUAAAGAUGCUUUGGAGGUUAUAUCCCAAGUGUUACCUGGGACAGCAGUGACCGCAUUUGAGUAUGAAGAUGAAGAUGGCGACAGGAUUACUGUUCGCAGCCAGGAAGAUAUGGAGGCAAUGAUGUCAUUUCAUGGCACCAUUUUAAGUGACUGUUUGAGCAGAGGCCAGCUGGCACCACCACUAGUAGUUUUCCCAAGAGUUGGAAAAACAGUUGGAAUGAGGAACAAGUUCAAUCUGAAAGUCAAGACUCACUCAGCAAGUAAUGGCACCAAAAAACACCACUCAAAAAGUCAAUCAGCAGUGAUGGUGGUUGAAGACGACCCCCCUCCAAUGGAGAUGGAUCCCCUGCCACCAGAAGAGCCAAUGAUCAUAAGAAGUGACAAGAAACCAAUAGAGGACAUCCAAAAUAUUUUAGCCAAAGGGACGAUAUCAUCUGCCAAUGAUUUACUCCUACUGGAGGUGCUAGGGACGGGAAAUGGUGGAACUGUGUAUAGAGCACUUCAUCGUCCCACAGGGAAGCUCAUGGCAGUGAAAGUCAUAGCGUUGGAUGUAAGUGUGGAGGUCCAACAACAAAUCAUCUCAGAGUUAGACAUUUUACAUAAGUGCAAUUCCCCUCAGAUUAUAGGAUUCCAUCAUGCAUUUUUCAUAGAGAGUCGAAUAUUAAUGUGUACCGAGUACAUGGACGGAGGCUCCCUGGACAAGUACGGCCAGAUCCCUGAACACAUUCUCGGGCGGAUAGCUGUGGCAGUAGUCAAAGGCCUGCAGUAUCUGUGGGGGAAGAAAAUCAUGCAUCGUGAUGUAAAACCAUCCAAUAUUCUUGUCAAUACCUCUGGUGAGGUGAAACUGUGCGAUUUUGGUGUCAGCGUACAGCUGGAGCAUUCUAUAGCCAAGUCUUAUGUCGGAACCAAUUCAUACAUGGCACCUGAAAGACUGAAAGGAGAAGACUACAGUGUUCAUUCCGAAGUAUGGAGCCUGGGUGUGUCUCUGUUUGAGAUGGCAACUGGGCGAUUUCCAUAUGAAUAUAGAAAACCAAUGGAACUACUUAACAAAGUUGUCACCGAGUCCCCUCCCAAGCUUCCAACAGGCAUUUUCACUGAUGCCUUUGUCCAUUUCACAGCACAAUGUAUGCAGAAGUCUCCCUUUUCUAGACCAGCUCCAGAGACUCUUAUGGAGCAUCCUUUCAUAGUCAACAACGAUGACGGCAAUAUGCAGAGUGUGGCAUUGUGGGUAAAGUCUAAACUUCAAGCCCCAAGCUAGGAACUACGGGAUAUGGAAAAUGUGUCAGCUUGGAAUGUUCAUUGAUACACAGUUGAAGGACGUGUUAUCAAAGUGCUUUUAUGAAUGUGAAACUUUUGCUGCUAAAGAUAAGCUUAUCAACCUUCAGGGGAUCUGAAGUUCAUAUUCACUGAGGAGUUUUCCGAUGGUGAACAUAGAGGGAGGGGGUGGGGGGUGGUCAACAUUGGUUUGUUAAAUGGUGCCAAAUGUAAGAUCCAUCCUCCCAUACCACAUGUAGAUCUCGGGAUCUUAUCUGAAAUGCACAAAAGUAAAACACACUCUCACUUUUUGGGAGAAGUGUCCUGCUAUGGGAGGAUAUUUGAUUCAGUUUUGAAUAUGAAGGUGUCAAACAAUUUCUCCGUUUUACACAUGUUUGAAUGAGAUUGUGGCAGUUAUUGGAUCACAUGAAUAAAAAUCAUCAAGCGGCUGUGGCUAUUAAUUUGAUUGUAAAAUUCAUGCAUGUUGACUAUUUAUAGUUGAAGGCUGAUUAAUCUUGUUAGAUAUUUGACCAUUGUUUGAGAGUGAUUAAAUUGUUUCGACCCAACUGGGCAUGUGAUCUUGGAACUUGGAACUGGAAGCAGUCUUAAUUCUGUGAAUCAUUGGUACAGAAGUAAGAUUUGCGGUUUGUAUUUUCAUUGUUAUAAACACCAUGAUUAUGCUAUUUUUAAAUUGUCUUUUGACUGUUUUUCUGCAUCGUAAGGUUCAAUAUAGGAGUCUUAAGGCAUCAAACACGUGUCAGGAAUAGGCACGAUGUCAUGGCUAUCUGGUUGUAGAACAUAUGUAUUGAUUUUCUGAAACCUGAGUCGGAGUCGUUUCCGCCAUGAACAUAAUUUACAACAGUCUACAUGUAUUUUGCACGCUGUGGGAAUGAAAACCCUUGCAUCCUGUUUCUCCUAUAAUAAAGGGUGGAAACGCAAACAAAUCAUCCUAAUAAUGACAGUCCUGCAAGGCUAGAUAUUCUGUGGUAUUCAUCAUCUGUCUUAUGAAGACAAAUUCACAACAUAAAGGAACCUAAAGGCUGGGAUGAGAUCACAUUACUAUUCAAUUUAAUUUUGAUGGCUGACGGUUUAUCCUCAAGACUCCGUUCAUCUUCCGUGGGACAUGACAUAGAAAAUAAAUAUCCAAUCACAAAAGCCCUUUAUUAUUCUACAUUCACAAAAAAUAUACAGA